AUGAGAAUAUCCAAUAAUUAUUUAGCGACGACAAUCAUCUUAUUAAGUGGUUUGUUGCUUGUUAAUGCUCAAUCCAGUUCGGGCAACACCUACUCUUUGAAUGUGCUUUCACCUCGAUCCGGUAUUUACAAUGGUAUCUACAUGAACGAAACACGUGCUUUCCUCGGUAUUCCAUAUGCUCAACCACCAAUUGGAAACCUGCGUUUCAAACCACCACAAUCCAUCUACCAAUGGGGAACGAUAAACGCCACAACAAUGCCGCCUUCCUGUUGGCAAUCCGGUAAACCAACCGGUUACAACUACUCUGAGGAUUGUCUCUACUUGAAUGUCUACACUCCAAAGAACAUGCACUACGUCAACCCAGCAGUAUACAAUUGCAAUUUGCCAGUUAUGGUGUUCUUGCAUGGCGGUCGUUUCUGGACUGGCGCAGCCACCGAUUUCCUCGGUGACCAUCUUGCCGCCGCCGGAAAUGUCGUCAACGUCAUCAUUCAAUACCGUUUGAAUAUCUUUGGUUUCCAGUCGUUCGAUGAUAACACCAACCUCGGUCUUCAGGAUCAACAGAUGGCUUUGCGUUGGGUGCAAGAAAACAUUCGUGCGUUCGGUGGUGAUCCCGAUCGUGUUACCAUCUACGGUGAAUCUGCCGGUGGUUCCUCUGCUCUCUACCACUUGACCAUGCCAAGUUCUUACAAUUUGUACAACCGUGUUGUUGCGCAAUCUGCCUGGCAAUGGGCGAUUCCAACCGCUGCUACCUCUAGGGUCAUGACAGCUGCUUACGCCGCAACCAAGGGUUGCGCCAACAUCACCACUUCCGGUGCUCCCGACUACGCCGCCAUCCUGAGAUGUCUCAGUUCCAAGUCGGCAUCAGAUAUCACACCAACUGUCGGUAAUUCCGACUUCUUUGUCCCAAUUGUCGAUGGCAAUAUGAUCAAAUCUCAAUUGCUCACUUCUUUCAAGCAAGGUAGAUACAACAAACGUGCCAACAUCAUCAUCGGUCACAACUAUGAAGAAGGUCACUUCAUGGCGUUCUCACGUCUCGGUUUUGUCACGCCAUUAGACCCAGUCAGCGAUACCACCCUCCAAAACUCACUCACUAGAUACCUAGAUGUCUACUUCACACCGGCUCAACGUGAUGAAGUUAUCUCUUGGUACUUACCAGUUGCCAGUGAACUCGGUAACUGGUUGGGUGGUUCCGAAUUCUUUGGUGACUACUACAUCAUCUGUGGUUCCAUUUUGACAGCUGAGUAUUUAUCUCAACAAGGUGUCCAAUUCAACAGCUACAUAUUCAACUACUCCUCACCAAAUUUCCCAGCCGACGAAUGGUUCUUGGCUGCCUCUCACGGUAAUGAAUUGCCAUACAUUUUCUUCCAAGAUGUCUAUACACCAUACCCAUUCGCACCGGCCGAUGCCGCCUUGGCUCACCGUAUGUCUCGUUCAUGGACUGACUAUGCUGACAAUGGUAAUCCAUCCGGUCCAUUCUCUAGAUGGCCAUCCUAUCCAGAUGCAAUGUACUACGGUCCAGACGUCAUGAACUACGAUGACAAACGUCCAUAUAAAAAGGCAAUCUGUGAGAAUUGGAGACAAUUAUUUGAAGCCUACUAA